AUGAACCCUGAACGAAUAGACCAAUUACUUCGAAAUCAAGUAUCACAGCAACAACAAAUAACAGAAAUCCUGAAAUUUUUAGUUGAAACACGAAUUACCACACCCACACCAUUGAACAACAAUGGAACGGAAUUGCAGGUAACUACCUCAACACCGACAGAAAUAAAUAAAAUAGCCAUCAUUAAUAAUUUUAGAGGAGACAAAUUUGAACCGUCAAGUAACUCGUCAAUUGAAAAUUUUAUCGAAUAUUUUGAAGCCAAAUGUAGAAUAGGGGGUGAAAGUUACUUAAAUAUACAGAAAGACCUUUUAUUAUCAUGUUUAAAACCUGAAACAUAUCACGAAAUUAAAACAGCACUAAUACCCUCAUUCGAAAAUUCUACCUACGAUGAUAUUAAAAAUAAACUACUAGAUAUAUAUAAAACACGUAAAACAAGAUACAAGGCAUUGACUGAAUUUUGGUCUUGUAUCAGAGAUACCUGUGAAAGCAUGGAACACUAUGCCAAUAUGUUAAAAGAACUUAGGAAAGAUUGCGGUUAUGAUGACACUAUAUUAGAACGACAGUUACGAGAUCGCUUCGCUACAGGGCUAAAUCAUCAACAAUUACAAAUUGAACUAAGACAAAAAUGGCCUGAUCUUAUAGAUACUCAAAACGGAAUAAAAACAGAAGUAACAUUUUUACAGUUAUUUGCUAUUGCUCAGUCUAGGGAACUAGCUGAAGCAGAUAUUAAUACAGAGUGUAACAUUAACAGAAUAUCUAACAAAACUGGAAACAGAAAAGAAGAAAACAUACGGAAACCAACACGCAAAUUACGCCUAGACCAAUGUCGCAGAUGCGGCAAGCACAAUAGACACAGCUUUGACAAAUGUGAAGCCAGAAAUCAUGAAUGUACAGAAUGUGGAGUUAUAGGUCACUUUGAAAGUUGCUGCAUUAAAACUGGCGGAGCGUACCUUGACAACUAUAAAACGUUUAAAAAAUCAACUAAGUUUCAGAAAAAUAGGCACUUAUACAGAAUUACAGAAAGAGCAAAUAUAACUAACAGACUAUCACAAACACCAACUUCAUCAUUUUCAGGUAGCGAAGAAAGUGAGGAAGAGAGCAAUACCUACAAAAUACAAAAUAAAAAAACAAGCAGGUGUAAAAAAAUAGAUGUUAAAAUUAAUGGUAUUAAGUGUACAAUGGAUUGGGAUCCAGGUUCCGUAUAUUCCAUCAUUAAUACUAAAAUGUGGAGAAAAAUUGGAUCACCCUCACUAAUGCAAGCACCCACAUUAAAAGCUUACUGUAACUUCAAACUAAAACCCAAAGGCUUAACUGAUAUUACUAUAGAAGUUGAUAACCGAAGUUUAAUAUUACCAGUAAUUGUAAUGAAGCAUGCUGAGCCAAUGCUCUUUAGCCUACAGUGGCGUGAAUCUUUUGAAAUGAUUUUUCCGGAACCCGUUUACUCUAUAAAAAAUAUUGCAAUGACAACGAACAUGUCACUUAGACGUGUAUUAGAUGCUCACACUAGGCUCUUCGACGGUAAACUAGGAAGAGUAAACAAUUAUCAAGUAAACAUCCACAUUAAAGAAGGAGUAGAACCAAAACAUCUUCCUGCUCGUCCUAUAAAAUUUAGUAUUAAAAGAAACGUAGAUAUUGAAUUAGAGCGUUUGGUUAAUGAAGGCAUUAUUACUCCAAUAGACCCAAACAUAACUCCAGUAGAAUGGACAACACCUACAGUUAAUGUUCUUAAAUCCAAUGGAAAAUCACCAGCUCAAAUGAUGUUUGGACGCAGACUUACAUGUGAGUUAGACAAUGCCCGCCCGAAUCUAAAGCAUCAAAUGAGAUUUAAGCAAUUACAAGCAGACAUUCUGAACGAAAAUAUAAAAGCUUUUAGACCCGGAGAUAACGUUUAUAUUCGAGAUAAAGUGAUGAAACAGUGGAAGCCGGGUGUUAUUAAGCAGAGAACACAUAAAUACUCAUAUAAAGUCAAUACACCCGAUGGAACAGAAAGGCGAAUGCAUGCAGAUCAUAUUAGGCCAAGAGCCAUGGAUAGAGAAAAUGAUACAAAAGCUGAACAUACACCAAUCAGCUCAACAUGGUUUGAACACAAAGCACCAGACAGAAAACAACCAAAUUCAUCUGAAAAAUCUACGGAACCAGUGACUCUGAUAAAAGCCUCGAUUCCUAAUAUUACACCCACAGAAACGAUAACGAUACAAUCAACACCUAGACCCGGAAGCCUAAUAGGAGAAACAAUCGAACAAGACAGGCUAACCAAUGAAUCGAAUAAGGAUAGAGAAUAUAAAGCGAUACAACGACGUAGUAAACGUACUAUAAAACCGCCACGAAGGUUGAUUGAAGAAAUG